GAGGAGGAGGGAAGGAGAAGAGAGCCCCUGGCCUAGGAAGGGGGCAGAGGCUGAGGAAGGCGUAUGAAAUGAUGAAGAAUGAGGGUCCUCCGAGCAUGUGCAGAGUGCAUUUUCACGGCCAGUGUGUGUUCAUAACCGUGCUUCAGAAGAUUUAUUUUUUGAAGAGGAGACCAGCCUCGAGGAACGGAGAAGCCCACUGAGCCAGCGUAGAACACCUCCAGGACCCUCCAGGAUACUUCCCUGUUUCAUUUUAGAACUUUCAGGGAUCGUAGAUUUGGAAGGAGCUUGGUCUUUGCUCCAUGCAGCAGUUUCUCCAUGCUGAGAAACUACUGCCGUGGGAUCAGGCGGGGAUGAAAAUGGAGGAGCAAGAGGCAGCAGGCCCCAAAGCAGGGGAAAGAUCGCAGAGGGCAGACAAGGCCUCUUGUGACAUCCCAGCAGAGAGAAAAUGCCCGCAGAGGAUGCCGGCAUGGCAUAAGGUUAAACAGGAACCGGGCGAGGGGCUUGUCCAUCAUUGGGAGACCCAGUGGCAGGACUUCCUGAAGACCAUGGAGGGCCCUCACUCCGGAUGGGCCAUCCCCCAGUUGCCAGAAGAGCCCGUCACUCCAUGGGACGACGCCAAGGCCUUUCUGGCCUCCUUCGAGCAAGUGGCCAAAGCCUGCCGCUGGCCCAGAGAAGAGUGGGUGACCCGACUCCUGCCGGCCCUCAGUGGGGAAGCGGAGCAGGCCUUUAGCCAGCUGGAUGUCAGAGACAGAGAGGAUUAUGGGAAGGUGAAGGCGGCCAUCUUGCGAGGGGACGCUAUCGGCAGGGAGAAGCGGCGCCAACACUUCCGACGUUUCUGCUACCAGGAGGCCGAUGGACCGAGGGGGGCUCACAGCCGACUCCAGGAGCUCUGUCGUGGGUGGCUGAAAGUCGAGAGGCACACCAAGGAGCAGAUCCUGGAGCUGCUGAUCCUGGAGCAGUUCCUGGCCGUCCUGCCCCCGGAGAUCCAGAACUCAGUCAGGGAAGUUGGGCCGGAGACCUGCUCCCAGGCAGUGGCCCUGGCAGAGGAUUUCCUGCAGAUGCAAAGAGAAGCGGAGCGGGUAUCGAACCAGGUGUCAUUUGAGGAGGCGGCUGUGAACUUCUCUGAGGCUGGCCAGGCGCCGUUUGAGAUGGAGAAGAGGCAGCCCUGCGCGGAGGCCAAACUGGCUGAGGACAGAAGUGCCAGGCUCGCGGCAGCUAAAAGGUGGAUGAGCGAUCAUGAUGAGGAGAAAUGCAUGCCAGGAGACUCAGAAUAUGCAGGACCAAUGGAGGUGGUGCCUGACCGAGAGGAAGAGAACAUUUCCUCAGGCAGCGAGACAGAAAAUGCCCCCGAGGGUCAAGAAUGGCAGAGUGAAGCUCACCCCGGAGAGGAUGAAUCAGGUUCUUGUGGGGAUUUGGGGGAAACUGCAGGCCUACAGGGUGCCUGUUCAGGCACGAGGCAGAACACAUACAGAGUCUGUGGGAAAAGCCCUGGACUCAUUAUGAAUCAGAGAGCACACGCUGGGGGAAAGCCACAGAACAAAUGCUUGAUUUGUGGGAAAUCUUUCUUGUACAGCUCAGAUCUCAUAAUUCAUAACGGAAUCCACACUGGCGAGAGACCCUACGAAUGCCCCGACUGCGGCAAGAGAUUCAGCCGUGGCUCGGACCGUAACCGCCAUCAGAGAAUCCACACGCAAGAGAAAUUGUACAAGUGCCUCGUCUGUGGGAAAUGUUUCCUCUACAGCUCGGAUCUCAUUAUCCAUCAGAGAAUCCACACAGGCGAGAGGCCGUAUGAAUGCCUGGAUUGUGGGAAAAGGUUCAGUUGUAGCUCGGAUCGUAACCGCCACCAACGGAUUCACACGGGGGAGAAGCCGUAUGUGUGCUUGGAUUGCGGGAAACGAUUCAGCCAGAAAGUUCACCUGAACAGGCAUUGUAGGAUCCACAUGGGAGAGAAAUCAUACAAGUGCCCAGAGUAUGGGGAAAGCUUCAGCGGAAUGAAUGUUGAGCAGAUAAAUUUUGAGCAGAUUUCUUGGGCAGAUAAAGGGAGGAUUAAUCAUAAAUUGGGGGGAAUCUUCAGAUCUGCUGUGGUCAGAGAGAGAAAUAUGGACACAGACCAAGGGAGGCGGCCAGAAUUUCAGUUCCGUGCUGUGUUCAAGCCAUGGGACUCCCCAAGAAUGAAGGCAGAGGAGCAAAAGCCAGGAGGACCCACACCGAUGGAAGCAUCAGGGGAAGCUGAACAAGCGCCUCACGUUGCCUGUGCUGAGAGUGUCCAGGAAUUCAAGCGAAGGCUCGCAGUGGAUCAGGUGAAACAGGAGCCAUGUGAGGGUCUUCUUCAGCAGUGGGACGCCCAGUGGCAGGAGUUCCUGAAGACUGUGGAGGCCCCUGACUUAGGUUGGGGUGUGGCACCUUUCCCAGAAGAGCCAGCCCCCUGGGACGAUGCCAAGGCCUUCUUGGCCUCCUUCGAGCAAGUGGCCGAAGCCUGCCGGUGGCCCAGGGAGGAGUGGGUGGCCCGGCUUCUGCCAGCCCUCCGGGGGGAAGCCGAGCAGGCCUUUAACAGGCUGGAGGUCGGCGACAGAGAGGACUAUGGGAAGGUCAAGGCGGCCAUCUUGCGGCAGGACGCCGCAGCCAGGGAGAGGUGGUGUCACCACUUCCGGCAUUUCUGCUACCAGGAGGCCGAGGGGCCCAGAGGGGCUUGCAGGCAGCUGCGGGAACUGUGCCAUCGGUGGCUGAAGGUCAAGAGGCACACCAAAGAGCAGAUCCUGGAGCUGCUGGUCCUCGAGCAGUUCCUGGCCGUCCUGCCCCCGGAGAUCCAGAGCUGGGUCAGAGAAGGCGGACCGGAGACCUGCUCCCAGGCAGUAUCCCUGGCCGAGGAUUUCCUGCAGUUGCAGCGGGAAGCGGAGAGCCAGGAUAAACAGAUGCCACCAUCAUUUGAGGAGGCAACUGUGAGUUUCUCCGAAGCUUUGCAGGUCGUAUCGGACACAGGGCAGGAGGGAAAAUGCAGGGAGGCCAAAGAGGAGGAUGAGGAUGAGGAGGAUUGUGAAGAUGGGAGCUUACAAGAUUACAGGCAAGAGAACGAGUGCAACGAUGCAACAAGUAGACUGGAGAAUCCCGAUCGAGUGGUACCACCCCAACGGAAAGAAAGCAAGAUUUACACGGAGGGCCAAGCCUCAGCGAAUCCGCGGAAGCUGAAGAGACAGCAGGGGACUCUUCCAAGGAACCAUGUGGGGAAACCCGUUCCCUGUGGGGCAAACAAGAAAUCCCUCAACGAAGCCCCACUGCACCAGCAACAGCAGGCCGGGUCUGAGGAAGCCUGUGUGCAGGACUUGGUCCUGGUGAAAUACGAACAGGUUGAAAUCCAGGAGCCGACUUACCCAAGGGGGGACGGGAAAGACCUCGGCUGUCAGGACCAACUUCUGAGGCACCAGCGAAUCCAUGCCGGGGUGAAACCCUACCAGUGCUCGUUCUGUGGGAAGACCUUCAGCCGCAGGUCACACCUGGUGACCCACGAGAGGACCCACACCGGGGAAAAACCAUACGAGUGCUCGUACUGCGGGAAGACCUUCAUCCAGAGCUCCCACUUGAUCCUGCACGAGAGGACGCACACGGGGGAGAAGCCGUAUCAGUGCUGCGCCUGCGGGAAGAGUUUCAGCAGCACCUCGAACCUUCUCGCGCACGGGAGGACCCAUACAGGGGAGAAGCCCUACAAGUGCACUGUGUGCGGGAAGGGUUUCAUCAGCAAGUCGCACUUGAUAAGGCACCGACGGAACCACACCGGGGCUGGGGUAGGGUUGUGCCCUGAGUGUGGGAAAAAUUUCAGCUCUAAGUCAAACCUUAAUACUCACUGGAAAAUCCACACAGGGGAGAAACCAUUUAAAUGUCUGGAAUGUGGGAAAAGCUUUUGUCAAAAGGAAAAACUUAUCAGACAUGAAAGAAUCCACACAGGAGAGAAGCCAUACGGUUGCUUGGAGUGUGGAAAGAGUUUCAUUCAGCGAAUAGAUCUUACUACUCAUCAGAGAAUCCAUACUGGGGAGAAACCGUAUAAAUGCUCAGUAUGUGGAAAGAGUUUCAGGCAAAGCUCAAGUCUUGCUUCACAUCAAAAAAUUCAUACUGGGGAAAAACCAUAUAAGUGUCUAGACUGUGGAAAGACGUUCACACUGAAUUAUAGCCUUACAGUGCAUCAAAGAACUCACACAGGAGAGAAACCAUAUGAAUGUCUGGAUUGUGGGAAGAGCUUCAGUCAAAGCAUACACCUUACUUCUCAUCAAAGGAUUCAUACUGGUGAGAAACCGUACGAAUGCCUGGAUUGUGGGAAGAGUUUCAUUCGGAGCACCCACCUUACUUCACAUCGAAGAAUCCACACGGGAGAGAAACCAUUUAAAUGCAUGGAGUGUGGAAAGAGCUUUAGCCGGAGCACGCACCUGAUUAGGCAUCAAAGAAUCCACACAGGAGAGAAACCGUAUAAAUGCUCGGACUGCGGAAAGAGUUUUAGUCGGAAUACGCACCUCAGUUCACAUCAAAAAAUUCACACAGGGGAGAAACCAUAUAAAUGCUGGCAGUGUGGAAGGAGCUUUCAUAAGAACACAGACCUUACUUCACAUCACAGAGUACACACAGGUGAGAAACCUUUCCAGUGCCUGGAAUGUGGAAAGAGCUACAGAUGGAACUCGAGCUUCACUUCCCAUCAAAGAAUCCACACAAUGGAGAAACAACUUGAUUGGUCAGAGUACAAAGGAAAGAACACGUGUCACGAAUGUGGGAAAAGCUUCAGUUCUAAGUCUAACCUUAAGACUCACUGUAAGAUCCAUACAGGGGAGAAGCCAUUUAAAUGCCUGGACUGUGGGAAGAGGUUCACUUUGAAGUACAGCCUUGUGGUACAUCAGAGAAUCCACACAGGGGAGAAACCAUAUGAAUGCGUGGAAUGUGGGAAGAGCUUCAGUCAGAGUGCAGACCUCCUCAGGCACCAAAGAAUCCACACAGGAGAAAAACCAUAUAAAUGCUUGGAGUGUGGAAAGAGCUUUAGUCGGAAUACGUACCUUAAUGCCCACCAAAGAAUCCACACUGGGGAGAAAUCAAAUAAAUGCCAAGAGCGCGGAAGGAGCUUCCGGAAGAACACAGACCUUACUUUGCACCACAGAGGUCACACAGGCAAGAAACCUUAUAAAUGUCUGGAGUGUGGAAAGUGCUAUAGGUGGCAUUCGAGCUUCGCUUCCCAUCAAAGAACCCACACAACGGAGAGACAAUAUAGUUGGUCUGAGUAUGGCAUGAGCUUUUGCGAUGACUCAGUCCUUCAAAAAGCAACUGAGGCCCUGACCUGGAUAGCCCAGGCAAAUGCCGCGGAUUGA